AUGGAUUCACCUGCCAGUGCUUGUUCAUACGAGGAGCUUCAUAUUUCCAACCCAACCACGCAAAUGAGUCAACUGACCCCCAACGUGACCGGCUCUCUCCAAGCUCGGGUGGAUGAAGCCUGUGCGGACCAAGAGAAGGGUAUCCCUGGGGCCGUGGUGGUCAUGGUGGGCAAGGAUGGUCUGGAAUAUUUCGCCCAUGCCAGUGGCAAACGGGGAUAUGGUUCGUCUGAGCCGAUGACUCUCGAUAAUAUUUUCUGGAUUGCCUCAUGCACCAAAUUCAUUACGGGCAUUGCUUGCAUGCAGCUUGUGGAACAGGGCCUUCUCUCAUUGGACGAUUCUGCUCAAGUCGAAACCAUUUGCCCCGAGCUGAAGCGGGUCCAGGUAUUGCAAGACGAUGGAAGUUUGGUCGAUAAGAGACAGGGGAUUACAUUGCGAAUGCUUCUCGCUCAUACCGCUGGCUUCGGGUACUCCUUUUUCAACGAAAAGUUACGAGACUAUAGCAAGCCAGUAGGGUACGAUGAGUUUUCGGGAAGUUCUUAUGAUAUGCUACAACCGCUGGUGAACCAGCCAGGAGAGAGGUGGGAAUAUGGGGUCAAUAUUGAUUGGGCCGGCCUUCUCGUGGAGCGCGUAACCGGUCUGUCCUUGAAUGACUAUUUCCACCAGAAUAUCUUUGAGCCUCUGGAUUUGCAUAAUAUUUCCAUGUUUCCAAAUGCGUCCAUGAAGUCCAGACUGGCUCAUAUGAACUCACGGGCGCCGGAUGGACAGUUAUCACCACGCGAUCACCUCCUUCGACGACCAUUGAUCGUGGAGGAUGCUCGGGAUAUAGCCUGUUGCUUCAACAGCGGCGGGGCAGGCUGUUUUGCGAAGCCUCAAGAGUAUUGUCAAAUCCUGGCGACCCUUUUGAACGAUGGUAUAUCUCCCACUACCAACAAGCAGAUCCUACGCAAGGCGACGGUAGACCUCAUGUUCGAAAAUCAGAUUCCCCAGUUCCCCAACUUCGCGGCACAGGAAAUUCCACCCGCCAAAGCGGAUCUCACGAACCGUAUCGCUCAUUUGUAUCCAUCCGCAACCCCUCCAGGCUGGGGGCUCACUUGUAUGCUUACUGGGGGGAGCACUGGCCGUUCAGCACAGACUGGCCAUUGGGCGGGACUUCCUAAUCUUUGGUGGUGGUGUGACAGACCCAAGGGGAUUGCGGGCAUGGUCUGUACGCAGAUACUUCCAUUUGCAGAUGCUCAAGUGCUGGGGCUCUGGAGCGACAUGGAGUCGUUGGUGUACAAAGGUCUUGACUUGUAG